AUGGCAGGACCCCAUAUGUCCAAAAUAGCCUCAGUGGGAGGUCGACCAACAAUCCCCCUGGAUGUCCCAAUAUGCGCCGUCUUCCUCGCCCUUUUUAUAGACGGUGGUGCCUGCCACAUGACUCUAUUCCGCCGCAACCUCGCAAGAGGCCACAAAUUCGUUCCAUCGGGCGUAACAUUUGGGUUCUGCAUGUCGCGUAUUGUCGCAAAUAUCAUGCGUAUCGCCUGGGCCUGUCGCCCGAACAACGCUAGCAUCGCGAUCGCAGCACAGAUCUUCGUCGCAGCGGGCGUGUUGCUGCUUUUCAUCUUGAACUUGCUAUACGUACAGCGUAUGUUCCGAGCUGUCUACCCGGUCCUCGGAUGGUCCCGACCAUUAUCGUGGGCGUUCAAAGCACUGUAUGCUCUAGUCGUGGCGACGAUUAUCAUGGUCAUCACUUGUGUUAUUCAGAGCUCGUACACUCUCAACCCGAACAUCCUUCGCAUUGAUCGCGAUAUCCAGCUUUACGGUCAGACCUACUUCGCCAUCAUCUCGUUCCUACCGCUUCCUCUUCUCUUGCUUGUCCUCCUAUCUCGAAACAGAAAGCAAAUCCAACAGGUUGGUUCUGGUAGCUCGGUCGCUAAAGUCUUCAUCGUCGGAUUUGUUGGCUCGUUGCUUUGUCUGGGUUCAUCAUUCCGUGCCGGUACCUCUUGGAUGCCACCUCGUCCUAUCACCGACCCAGCUUGGUAUCACAGCAAGGCCUGCUUCUAUAUCUUUAAUUUCGCCAUUGAUUUUUCGGUCGUGGCUAUCUUCUUCGUCGGUCGUGUUGACCAGCGAUUCUGGGUUCCGAAUGGAAGCUCGAAAGUGUGCCACUACAGACGAGAUGAGAAUGGAAGUUCUCUUACACCUCAUGAUGAACGGGAUAUCGAGAGUGAGGGUAGCACUUUGUCCCACGAUCUGGCCGAAGAAACAAAAUAA